AUGAAUAUAUUAAAGGGCAAAAAAAUUAUUACAACCUGUUUAGCGAAUUUUGAAAGAAGGGGAGGAGGAGGAGGGAAAAGUAACUUCUGUGCAUUUCACACGAAACAAAAGAAGAAGAAGGAAAAAAAAGGUGUAGCUGAUAGCAGCAAGGGGACAAACUUUUUAAAAAAUUUAUGCAAUAAAAACAUUAUCAAUCAUUUGGAUCCCAUAAAUUUAAUUGAAAAUCUGAAACAGGUAACUGAGUGUAGUGUUGGUGAAGAUGUCAUUAGGAAUUAUCUAUACAGAAUAAAACUACUAAACGAACAAUGGAGCCUUAACAAAAUAUACUUCAUUUUAAAAACGCUCGUGAAGUACAACCUUCGCGAUGUUGUCCUGAUGAGCAAGUUGGAGAAGACCAUUAACGAGUUAGUUCCAUUAUGCCAAGGAAAUAAGGCAGAAAAAGAUCCCUUUGAAAAUGUGUACAUUGUGAGGAUAUCCUACAUUUUACAUGCGUUCUGUCACUUUGGGUAUACAAAUUGUGAAGUAGUGGAAACGUUAGUAAAAAUUUUAAGCACCAAGUUGGACUACAUCAUUUUUUAUAGCAACUAUGUGGAUCCAUUGUUUAACGACUAUUCCCUGUCCUGUGAGGAAAACGGCCACUAUGUUGUGAGGGGGGAUACCUCAGCAGCCGCAUCGCCCAACUCGGGUGACAAAACCAGUGGCGACGCAAAGGGCAAGGUAAGCACAAUUGACAUAAAUGAUAUGUUCGACAUGGUUGACGUGGCUUACUUGGCUGAAGAGGGCAACCCGCGUGCCAACCCGCGUUCCAACCCCGACGUGGAAUGGCAAAGACGCGGAGAAGUCUUCGUCAGGAACAUAAACUUCAACGAGAUCUACCUCAUUGUGAACACUAUGAAAGGCUCGAAGCACACAAAUAAGGUCUUCCUAAACAAGCUCAAAUUUCUGUUUUAUUUUAACUGCAUAAACUUAGACAGGGGAACUGAUAGCCACUACAAAUAUGUUACUCUCCUCUUCCAUUUCUUUUACGAACCGACUGACAUGCAUCUGUCAAAUAUUAUGAAAUUUUUUUUAGCAAAACAUGCAGAUAUGAACAAUGUGCAUGACCUCGUUUUAACGCUGGUGACGGUUUACUACGGGGGCCUCGAAAAGAGAGGGAACCUUAGCAAUAUGAGUAGCAGCAGAAACGUCCCAGGGGAGAGUGCAGUUCACAACGAAGCACAUCUUAACAGUAUCCAUAGGAAGAACCUGAAAUAUGCACAAAGCGAUGAUAUAAUUAGUGUCAUAGAAGGAAUUCCAUUUAUCUCUAAUGGGAAGAAGCAAAAAUUGAAGGCGAUUCUGCAGCAUGUGGAUCAGCACAGCAGUGUUAGAAGCACGAACUUUGUCGAUCUUAUAUACGAAAAAGUUUUACACGUGUUGAGCCGUAAAUAUGAGGAGGAAGAGUUCGAAGGGGAAGAAGCUAAUGACCCUAAAUUGUUGCAAAAUGUACAAGUCACGAUGAAAAGGAGAUCAAAUGAAGCUUCUCUAUGCCGAAGUGAUAAAUCGAGUGAACUACAAAGCUUAACCGAGUUGAUCAAAAUUCGCAUCUGCACAUUUGGAGAAGUAGAUUCUUUAUUUUAUUUGUACUUAAAAAAUAAAGUGCACCUUUUUAACAUCGAUGCAGUACUGAACAUAAUGAAGAGCUUUAUUUUUGUGUACCACAUGCAGAAUGAGUUGAGUAAAAACUACCAUAGGGUACAUCUAAGUGAUAGAUAUACAAAUGUUGUAAGAAACAAUUUAGGUAGUCUAACAAGUCUGAUAAUUGAAAUGGUUAGCUCCAUGUCAUUGGACAGACUUUAUUCCUUAUGCAGUUUGAAAGAUCUCAGCAUGUUGCUUUAUUUCUUCUACCAAAUAGGCAAUAUUUUUGUGAACCAAAUGUUUGAAGAAUUGUACUUAAAAAAGGUGCAAAGUUAUAUAGACAGUAUUGUAAUUACCAAGUUGAAGUUACUUCUGGGUGGAGGAAGCCGGGAUGGUCACCCCCCAACUGGCGUCAGCGCACCUAUGUGGGGGAAAAAAACAGAAGAAUGCAAUGUGAAGAGGAGACAGGAUAGCACGCUACCUAGAAUACACACAAAUGAAAUAUAUUCGAGUGAAAAAAAAGAGGUGCUGGCUAACCGUGAUAGUGGGAGUUACCAACUGGGCGGUGCCAUGCAGAAUCGCCUUAACAUACCAAACAGUGGGGAGAACGAAAAGGAAGGCACUGAUGGGUAUUUCCCAAAUGUGCAUUGCCCAAAUAAGGAAUGUGAGGAGCACGGAGAGCCAAUUGAUGUCCACAUUUUACUGCUCAAUAUGUACAGCAAAAGGGGACAAAACAAAAAUGUAAUUCAUAUGUUGUUGGAGAUAUUGAAUAGGCAUCAAGUAGGAAGGAAAAUAAUGCCUUGCACAAUUUACGUAAAUUUACUAAACUCUUUUGCCAAACUGAGGUACCGAAAUUUGGAUUUGAUAGGCACUUGUUUACACAAAAUUAGUGAACACUCGGGGGAGUUGCAUUUUUUCGAGUACACGAAUUUACUCAUUUCCCUAUCGAAGCUUAACGUGUUUGCUGUUAAUCUGAGUAUGUACGAUGGGGUGUUUUUUCCCCAAGAUUGUCCUUCCCGCGGCUGCACAUAUCAGGAGGAGACAAACCGAAUCUUCCUGAAUGAGUACAACGGUGAGAGCACAAAACGAUUGGGCGAGGAAAAAAUUGUCCACAAUUUAAACAAAAUUUUGAAGCAAAUAAAUGAAAGUAUCAGCAACUUUGUCGCCAUCCCAAAUUACAAAAUGGCCAACGUCAUAUCAAAUAUGCUCAGCAGUUACACAGUUCUAGGUUUUGACAAAAUUGAUUUUAAAAAUGUGAACAAAUUGUUGGAAUGUUUUCACGACUAUGUGUUUGGUUACUUCGGGGAAGGACGCCUGAGUGGUUGUAGAAGCCGCCCAAGCAGUGAUAGAAGCCGCCCCAACAGUGAUAGAAGCCGCACCGUUGGCGACACCCACCCGAAUGAGGACGAACCUAAGGGGAAUGAAUACUCAUAUUUCUACCAAGACAUUCUCACUUGCAUGAAUAACCCACUCAGAAAAAACCACUACUGGUACUUCAGUGAAAAAAACAACAUCAUUGUAAGGAGAAGGGACACGAAUGAAACGCUGUAUCUUCCAAUUCAGUGCUUAUACCAAGUGUACAUUUUUAAUGUCUACUUCGGGGCGUACGUGCAGCGCUUGUUUAGUUCCUACGGAUGUGGCAAAGUGGGUUCAGGGGAAUUACCAAUUGGGGAGGCGCUAAUUGGCCAAUCCGGUGGAGCAAAUAGCUCACCAAGCCUUCCACACAGCACAAAUUUAUUUUUAAAAAACAACACAGGUGUUAAAAAACCCGAAACUUCCACCCUUUUAAGCGAUCGCAGCAAGCACAUCCUAAAUAACGUCACUUUUUUUGUCAAGUAUAUAAACAAUUUUUAUAAAAAGAAGAGGUACGAAAGGUACAAUCUUUGCACGCAGUUUGUGCACAGCUGUGGGGAUAAGGCAGCCUCAACUGAGCAGCUAAUUGAUUACGUAAAAAUGUGUAGCAUGCAAAUCAAGAGGGACAUUGCGAGUGUGCAUUCGUCCAGUUUUCACAGAGAGGUACUGUCCACGCUGCUUUCACUGGGCGUCAAAAAUGUGCAGUGCGAGGUCCCAUUCAUGGACGGAAUAUACACCGUGGACAUCGUCAUUAACAAUUCGACAUGCAUAGAAAUUAACGGAAGCAACCAUUACUACUACGACAACAACUUGAAAAGGUCAGGCGAAAAACUCGAUGCCCUAAAUCUGAUAAAGUAUUACUUGCUGAGCAAAAAGUAUAAAUUAAUUUUGGUAUCGUACCUGGACUGGAAUAAUCUAAAAAGUGCUGAGGAGAAGAAGGACUACUUGGUGAAAAGGAUCCACGCGUAG